AUGUCCUCUCUCCGUCGCCGCAUUGCCAACAUUAUCAGCGAGUCACCUACACCCUCCCCCGAGCCUAGUCGCGAUGGUACGCCAGAUCCCAACGAAGAGGUCAAGGUGGUCUCCAGUAACAAGCUGGAACAACUCAAGAAAAGGAGACACAGUAAAAGAAGAUCUGGCAUCACGUUUGGACUAGGCGGCCUGUUAGGCCUAUUAUUGGCUUUACUGUUUGCUCAGUCGCAAGAUGUUAUCAAGUUGGAAGGAUUGCUGGAGGUCAAUUUAGACAGUCUGCUGGAUGUCAUUCCUGUAGGCAUAGUGAAUGAUGUGAAGGAUCUCUCGAGAGCUGAACGGGAUGUCGUCAACUAUGACUCGUUCUCCGUUGGUCUCCAUCUGCUCUCCCAGGGAGUGAAAGCCCACCAUCCCGUCAUUAUGGUGCCUGGAGUGAUAUCUACGGGACUGGAGUCCUGGUCCACAGGCGAAAAGUCCAGGCAGUACUUUCGGAAGCGGCUGUGGGGUUCAUGGUCCAUGAUGAGAGCUCUCGUCAUGGACCAAGCUGCCUGGAAGAAGCACAUCAUGCUGGACAAAGAGACAGGACUUGAUCCUCCAGAUAUUAAGCUACGAGCAGCGCAAGGCUUCGAUGCCACCGAUUUCUUCAUCACCGGAUAUUGGAUUUGGAACAAAAUCCUGGAAAAUCUCGCCACCAUCGGAUAUGAUCCGACAAAUGCGUUCACGGCUGCUUAUGACUGGCGUCUGUCCUAUGCCAACCUGGAGCGCAGGGAUCAAUACUUCACGCGGCUCAAGAACUAUAUUGAGGUGGCACAAAUGACAACUGGUAAGAAGGCAGUCCUCGUCUCGCAUUCUAUGGGCAGCCAAGUUCUUUUCUACUUUAUGAAGUGGGUAGAACACAAGGAUCAUGGUAAAGGAGGCUCCCGGUGGGUUAACAAACAUAUCGACUCAUGGAUCAACAUCUCUGGUUGCAUGCUCGGAACAGCAAAAGAUAUUCCAGCAGUACUCUCCGGCGAGAUGAAAGACACUGCUCAACUCAAUGCCUUUGCUGUCUACGGUCUGGAGAAGUUCUUAUCCAAGGAAGACCGCGCAGAGAUCUUCCGCGCCAUGCCCGGUAUAUCGUCGAUGCUGCCCAAAGGCGGUGAUGCGGUAUGGGGCAAUGCUACGUGGGCUCCAGAUGAUUUGCCGCCUCCAAUGCAGAACAAGACACACGGAACAUUCAUCUCGUUCAAGCCGCGUGGCAAUCUUACGGAGCCCGUGCGCAAGAAUCUCACAAUGACACAAGCCUUUGACUAUCUUAUGCAUAUCGCAGAGCCUUGGUAUGCGGAGCAGAUCAAGCACUCGUAUUCUCACGGCAUCGCCCAUACUAAAGCCGAAGUCGAACAAAACGAAAACAACCCUCUUACCUGGGUGAAUCCCCUAGAGUCUCGACUUCCAUAUGCGCCUGACAUGAAAAUCUACUGCUUCUAUGGUAUCGGCAAGCCCACUGAGCGCUCAUACUUCUACAAGGAGCACGGCCACCCACUGAACGGGUACAUCAACGUCUCCAUCGAUACCAGUGUCAAUUCUCCCAAUGGCCGUCUCCAGCAGGCGGGCAGUGUUGACCACGGAGUCGUCUUUGGUGAAGGUGACGGUACCGUCAACCUCCUUUCCACCGGAUACAUGUGCGCAAAAGGGUGGCGAGAAAUCAAAAGGUAUAAUCCUGCGAACAUCAAAAUCACGACCUUUGAGAUGCCGCACGAGCCGGAUCGGUUCAGCCCUCGAGGGGGGCCGAAUACAGGCGACCACGUCGAUAUCCUGGGCAGAAGUAGCUUGAACGACUUGAUUCUCCGAGUUGCAGGGGGAAAGGGCGAGCAGAUUGAGGAGAGCUAUGAGAGCAGGAUCUGGGAGAUCAGUGAGAAGGUGAAGAUCUAUAAUGAGGAAUGA